GCCGCCUGCAUCUAAUGACGCGCUUACGCAUUUCAGAAACUUUCUUCUUGCUUAUAUUCAUACAACCCUGUACCUGCGCAAGAUCUACCCUCCCUCAACCUUCACAACAUCUAAAAUUUACAACACGACCGUUCAUCAAUCCCGCGCUCCUAUCGUCUGUGAUUGGGUUCGGAACGCUAUUGAUGCUGUAUACAAUGAGCUUCAUAUUGGCACAGUAGCCCGCUUAGCACCCGUCUUUUACCAUUAUACGCCAGAAGAUGCAGUAAUAUGUGCUACGACUUGCAGACGCAUGGAUUAAUCAGCCUUAUGAGAGUCGGCGGAAAGGCUUGCCCGAAGCAGUACAGCUUCCGCAACAUCGAAUACCACCCAUAUCCCAAACUCCAGCCUCCACCAUUCCUUCCCCAACUCAUACACCCACAAUGCACUUCUCUCGCAAACUCGACAUCAUUGGCGUCCACGCCGAAGGCGAAGUAGGCGACGUCAUCGUCGGCGGCGUCCUCGACGUCCCCGGCGCAACCAUGUACGACAAGAUGAUCUACAUGUGGGAGAAGAACGACAGCAUCCGGAAUCUGCUGCUCAACGAACCGCGCGGGAGAGUAUCGAUGUGCACAAACCUCAUUCUGCCGCCGUGUAAUCCGAAGGCGGAUGCGGGACUGCUUAUCAUGGAGUCCGAGGAAUAUGUCCCGAUGUCUGGCUCGAAUACGAUUUGCACUGUGACGGCGCUGCUGGAGACAGGCAUGGUUAAAAUGGUGGAGCCGGUUACGGAAUUGGCGUUGGAUACGGCUGCCGGGCUUGUGACGGUGAAGGCAGAGUGCGCAGAUGGGAAAUGCAAGAGUGUGGAAUUCGAGAACGCGCCCUCGUUUGUCCUAGAUCUUGACAUUCCCAUCAACGUCUCAAAUCUAGGUACUGUCACGGUCGACGUAGCAUACGGCGGCAUGAUGUUUGCUUUUGUUGACGUGGCGUCCGUCGGACAUAAUCUUGAGGAUCACUACGAGAAUGGUGCGGAGCUUGUCAAGCUGGGUGAGAAGAUCAAGGUUGCUGUGCGCGAACAAUUUACGGCAGUACAUCCGGAGAACCCAGCGAUAAGAGGUGUUACGAAUGUUGUCUUCACUACCCCUCUGGUAGAAGAAGAGGGAGUGAAGGUUACGAAGAACGCUACCGUUGUCAUGCCAGGCCGGUUCGACAGGAGCCCAUGCGGAACUGGGACGUGUGCGCGUAUGGCGGUGCUGCAUGCUCGAGGGUUACUGGAAGUGGGCGAGAGCUGGGUGAACAAAAGUCCAAUCAAUACCGAGUUCAUCGGGUGGGUUGUGAGGACGGCGAAGGUGGGAGAGUAUGAGGCUAUCGUGCCGACUGUUAAGGGCCGUGGGUGGAUUACGAGCUUCAAACAGGUUGUGCUUGAUCCGGAGGAUCCGUUUCCGGAGGGCUUUAGGGUGGGUGAUGCGUGGUUGCCGGCGAAUCCUGGUGUGAAGGAGGGAGUUUUGAAAGCGUACAAAGGAUCUAGAUGAGGAGUCCUCACCGCACAGUUCUUGCUACAGAUCAUUACUCACAGCAUUCACAGAAUGGGCUUGAAGCCUUUCAUUUGGGGCAUGUCGGGCUUAUGCGGGGAGGAUACACAUGGAUGUAGAGUUUCCGCCGACAAAAGAUACAUUGGCCAAAGCACAACGUCUUACACAUCAUGUCCAAGCAGCUCUCAGUGGCAGUACAGUUUCGACAUGUAGCCAUGAAUUGAAUAAAAACGCUUUUCAACAUGC